AUGUCUGAAGUCUCAAACGUCUCCGGCGACCUCAUCUGGGAGAUUGUCCGAGGCAACAAUGCCUACCUAGUCAAGCGCAAGACCGCCGGUGGUGUUCAGUUCUCUCGAGACCCGUUCAACCUCACCAACAAGCACUCGCGAACGCACGAGGGCUUCGUCAAUGACAAGGCUGUCUCCGUCCAGGCCAACGACAAGGGCGGUGUUACCCUUUUGACCAAGAAGCCUGGAAAGUCAAACACCCCCAAGACUGCCUACAACACACAUGCAUACGGCAAGACUACGUCGAACAGAAAGAUCUUCAAGAACAUCGCAGACGCUGUCGGCAAGAGGUCGUACCGUGGUGACCUGAACCAGGCUGCUAUUUCCCGCGCCAGCAACAUCAAAUACUCUCAGGCACCAAAGAAGGAUACCCCAGCGGCGAAGCCCCGUGGCUUGAAGGCAAGGAAGCAGGAGGCAUAA